AUGUCAGCUUGUGGCUCAUUUACAGAGCAUGUCUGGAAGCCAGGAGAAUGCAAGAACUGCUUUCAGCCCAAAGGCCAGCACCAGUUAUCAGCUCUUGGCAGAGGUGCUGGACAGCCACCUCCUCCUCCUCCACCACCUCCACCCUACCGAGCACAACAUACCAAAGUCAACCAAUGCCAGCGACCACGUACCAGCACUGGAUUCAGGCCUCCUGUGGCCAAGAAACCCACAAUUGCUGUAAAACCCACUAUGAUAGCAGUUGAUGGAGCUGGCAGCCAUCCUUUACAAGGUCAGGCCAGAUCACCCCUGCCUGCUCCAAACACCAGAACCCAAGCACUUCCUGUGGUUUGUAAUGAUGAUCGCACAAAUAACAACAUGGGGGCAGAGCAGAUAGUUGUCUCUAAUAACAAUCAUGUGGGUAGUAGUGGACUUACAGAAGUUUUGAAAGAGAUAGCUGGUUUAGGAGGUAGCCCAUUGGAACCUAUGCUUCAACCAGAAGGAACUCCUCGAGAAAAUUUUCUAUGUCGUAUCAACCAGUGUUAUAGACGAUCUUUAGAGAGAAAGCCAUCUGCCAGUUGUUUAUCUGGCAGUCAUCAUGAUGGAGGUGGGUCAAAGAAAAGUGUUCGAAGAGUAGCAGUAAGUGGAGAAGAAAGUGCAAUCAUCGGAAUGGAUGGUGGACGCUUCUGCUACCCAGAAUUCUCCAGUGGAGAUGAAAGCUGGGAUGAGGAAGAUGACGGCGACAGAGGAGAGCGGGAAAGCUGGGAAGAGAGUGACGAAGAACUGUUGGCCAUGGAGAUCCGUAUGAGGGGGCAACCACGUUUUGCCAAUUUACAAAGUGGCAGUUUAUCUCCAGUUCCAGGAAGACUAGGGAGAAGAGAGAAAUGGAACACUGUGCCAUUGAGACAAAAAUCACUGCAGAGGGUUUGUGCUGUGGAUUAUGAUGACAGCUAUGAUGAAAUUCUAAAUGGCUGUGAGGUCAUAGGAGAGGGUCAUGAAAUAAUUACCAUCUCUCCUUCUCCUGAUCCCUCAAUGGUGGAUUCUUUAUCUUGUCCUCCCUCAUCCUCAUCAUCAUCUUCUUCCUCCUCUUCCUCAGGGGGACUGUUUUGUAAUGGAAGUAUAGGGACAGAGAAAGCCUUGGGUCUUGGGCCAGAAGGUAUAAUGCAAGAUGUGAUUCAAGAUGCUGGUAUGGCUCAGGCAAAGCCUUAUCGUGUAGUGAGCUUGGAGCAGCCAGUCUGUAAGCCAUAUACAGUAGUUGAUGUUUCUGCUGCAAUGGCUGGUGAGAGUGCUUCCCGUGUAAACACAAAAGUUAAGUCAAGCUCUACCCGCUAUCAGGAAGUCUGGACAUCAAGCACUAGCCCUCGACAAAAUCUUGCAAAGACUGAGACAGCAGAAGCACCUAAUCGAAGUUGCUAUAAGUCAGCCCCAACCUCUCCUACUGCUGGAUUGAGUGCCCAUACUGUACCUGUUCGUUCUCCAAACUUGUCAGAAAUUAAAUUCAAUAGCUACAACAAUGCAGGGAUGCCACCUUUUCCUAUUAUAAUUCAUGAUGAACCAGAAUAUGCCCAUAGCUGCAAAAGCGCUGACAAAGUGCCCAUACUUAUUAACCCUAGUGCGUAUGAUAACUUAGCUAUUUACAGAAGUUUUGUGGGUGCUGGUGGAGUCUUUCCACCACCCCCAGACAAAGAAAAGAGACAGACAGGAAGUCAUACAUACGAGGAAAUAGAAACUCCUGCAAGAACAAAAAGAAAAGAAGAAUCUGCAGAUGUGGCUCUUCAUGAGACAAGUGGCUGUCCUAGGGAGAGUGCCAACCGUGUUUUGUCUCAGAUUGUGGCAUCCAUCCAGCCACCUCGCUCUCCACCAGAGGCUCUUACUCCCGAGUCUCACAGCAGUGAUGAACAUCGGCCGACAGAAACCCAGUCAGACCCAGAAGUCCCUCCAGGCUCCUUGGGAAGGCCAAAAACUUUAUUUUCCUCACACAGUGAAACUUUAGGGAAUGUUAAUUUAAACAAAACAUCUCCUGCACUAUCCAGUGAUGACAGCCCAACUGUGUCUUCCACAACAGAGCCUCUUCCACCUUUCCCACCUCCACGUUCUACUUCUUCACCCUACCAUGCUAGCAUGCUUCACAAACAUUUUGCAACUCGAGGGAAACAAGUGGGCACAAAUCGCCCAUCACCAACUGACACUGCAACACAGCCACGUAGGCCAGCAGAUGGCAAACCACGCCGUUGGAUAUCCUUCAAAAGUUUUUUCAGGAGGAAGAAAGAAGGAGGUGGUCAAGGAGGCUGUGAAGACAGAGGAGAUGAGGGUAAACUGUUGGGGCUAGAUGGUACAGUUAUCCACAUGCUUCCUCCACCACCAGUUCAAAGACACCAUUGGUUCAGUGAAAGCCGAGGAGAAGGUGGAGAAAAGCCAUCUAUUGUGUUCAUGUAUCGGUCAGAAAAUGAAGGAAUGGCCACAAGCCCACAGGAUAACAUGGAUGCUGAGACAAAGUCCAGCAGCACCCCAGAGGAAAUGCCUGCACAAGGCUCCCCUUCUUUAGCACCCAUGUUGCCCCCUUUGCCUAGUGAUCAGAAUGUGACGGACACUUCACCCACACCUGCUGACAGUGAUGGCCAGACUUGUGAAAAGCCAGAAGUUGUUUCUGACAGUUCAUCAGACUGCAGCCCAGGGGGAGCCACCUACAGCAACUUAGGUCAUUCUCGGGCAAAUAUGAUCCCUUACAAGCAGCCUCGGCAGACUCGUGGUGGAAGCCCUCCUGAAGAAUCAGAGCCACUUCCAUCUCCUCCUCCCCUUCCAAAGAAGAAUCAGACACCGCGUCAGUGCACACCAGACAGGACACCUGGGACAGUACUCAGCCUGGCCAAUCCCACGUAUGAUACAGAGCGCAGCUGGGAGGUUGGUGGAAAUGAGUCAGGAAAUUCUGUAGAAAAGCCCAAGGGUUCAGGAGGGAGAAUCGCAGAGCUACAAGCUGAGGCCCUUCGUCGCUUCUAUGCCCGUUGUGAGGACAUCUUCAUGGCAGGACAAAGAGAACCAGUCAACUUUGGAUUGGAGAGUUGGCCAGAUUUCCGACUAGCUAGUUCCACACCUUGUUGCCAGGCUGGAGAUGCUGUAUAUUACCGGGCGUCAUAUGCUCGGGACCCUGGGAAUCUUUAUGCUGUAAAGAUCUGCCGCAGCAAGUCUAAGCAAGCCCAGAGGGAAUAUUACCAUUGCCUGGCAGUACGGCAAGGCCUCACAGAACAUUUCAACAUCCAGCAGGAUUGUGGGCAAUUUCUGGCUGAAGUACCAGCUCGCUUGUUGCCUUGGGAGGAUCCGAAUGUAUCAGAAGAAGAGGAGGAUGAAGAAAAGAAUGGGGAAACUGUAGAAAAAUCUACAGAAAGAAAGGAGGCCCCAGGCAAGAACCUGAAGCAUUCUUCUUCUACUAAUCAAGGGUCACUGGGUAAACGGAGAAGUCGAGUGGUGGUGAUUACACGAGAACCCCCUAGACAGACACUUGCAGACUUUGUAAGGGAGGGAGACUUCCAGCACCGCAGGGAUCCAGAGAUGUAUGAAAGACAAGUGUGCUUACUGCUGCUUCAGUUGUGUGGGGCACUGGAGCAUUUAAAAGCGCAGGGAAUAACACACUGUGACCUUCGACUAGACAACCUUUUGCUUGCUAGCUGCCGCCCUGGUGAGACAAAGUGUAGCUGCUGUCGAAAGUCUACUACAGAGGAGCAAAAUGAGCACCCCAAGGACAAAGGUCCUUCUGAACAGAGAGCUUUUCCAUCAUGUGCUGGUCGACUGCUCCUCACCAACUUUAGCCAGGCUAAGCUGAAGAGCCAGAGUGUUUGGCGACCACAGGGCUUGGGGGAUCCAUCAAGAAUGGCUCCAGAGAUUGUGGGAGCAACACAGUACAGAAGGAGUGAUGAGUUCCAGACUGGGAUCCUCAUUUAUGAGCUGUUGCACUUAGCUAACCCCUUUCUAGAUGGAGGCUUAAAGGAGCGGGAAUAUGGACCUUGUGAUUUGCCAGCUGUACCACGUCGUUCUCCAUACUCACGUGGUCUAGGACGACUUGCAGGUCUUCUUUUGCAGCAUAGCCCUUCUGAUCGGUUACAGGUGGGGCACGCCAAGGCAGCUCUUCGCUGCUUAAUUUGGGGGGCCGCGUGAUGAUGUGCUGCAAGGGCCAGGAUCUCUACAUAACUGGUUAGAGGUGAAGAGGACAUUGCUCCUAAUAAAACUGGCAGAGCGAGCUCUUGAAAGAGAAGGUGGAGUGACUCUAGAGGACUGGUUGUGCUGUCAGUACCUGGCAUUUGGCACAGCCCAGGGACUGGCACAGACUCUACGGCUACUGGAACAAAACUGA